AUGGGCCUGGUCGUUGAGGGUACGGCGCUGGGAGCACCCCAGGGGUCGCACCCGGAGCCAUGGGUUGUGGGAUCGAACCACAGCCAAGCUGGAGGGGGCCAUGGGUCCAGCAUCUCAGGGAUACAAAUCGUGACCUUUAAGUGGCACCAUGUGGAAGCCCCCUACCUCAUCGCCUUAUGGAUACUGGUGGCUGGGGUAUCCAAGAUGGGUAUGUAUACAGAAGGGGAUGUGAUCAGCUCCAGUGGCCUAUCAAUCAGACAUUGGUGGCUAAUUUGAAUUCAGUCCUAAUGAAGAUUAUGCUAAAUCAAUGUUUUAAUUCAGUGUUUUGAACCUUUGGGAAGAGCAGUUGUGAGAAAAUAAGCACUUCAACUGGAGACCCAGACUGUAUUCAGGCUCCACUUUGGAAAGUUAUUUCAUAGUUUUAGAAUAAUGUUAGACACAAAACUGCUAUGUCAGGGAAGAUACUGUGGCGUUAGUAUCAUUCAAAAUGAUGCUGGCAGACAGAUAUGUGACUACAUUUCCCAAUUGAGUCUUAUGUACCAUUUCUAAUAUUGGCUUUUUGUACAUUUGAUAAAAGUACAGACUCAGAGCUUUAAAAUGGUAUAUCAUACACUGCAGUUGGGGAAAACAUGGGAAAGUUAUGUUUAUUUGAAAUGUGAUGAACUUGUUAUUCCAGAAAAUCCACUUGAAAGUUUCUCACUUGCUGGAGAGCUCUUUUUUGAGUAUGCCCAUUCAGCAUCAUUCACACCCUCUUCAGCCUUAGCCCCACCCAUCUCCCCCAUUUAAGUAUUAAAGUGAGGCCAUGUGCUAAACUGAGUGAAUAGGAUUUGAGGUAAAUUUUAAACACCAGACAGAUCAAAGGGAGCAGGCAAUACCAUCCAUCCAAUGAGAACAAAUUCUGUCUUUUGUGUUGCAUUUGUGCCAUAAAUAGGCCCAACAUAAGGCUACUACUGUCUGGCAACUGUAGCCCUUGUCAGUGUUAUCAAGGCAACACGCUGUUCUCCCGGCCAAGUGCUUUUAGCUUUUUACUCAAGUUCAUGGGAUAUAUUAAGACAUUCCAUAGAUAACUGUUCAGAAAUGUUGACAAUGGUUUUUGAGUAGGUGUGAAAUAAGAGUGAAUAUGGCAUCUUCUUAAAUACAUACAGUACUUUUUAUAUUCAAGGCCAAUCAUUGUGCUUCAGACAGGAACAGUGCCUAUGUCCAAAACCGUGCCAAAAAUGUUGAACAUUUAGAAAAAGGGAAGAAAAAGCAGACAAAGGGGAGCAAAUGGUGAGCAAAAAUGUAUGUUUUUUUAAAUUAAAAGUUUCUCCAAACAAGUAAAGAAUAAUUUACUCAAAGAUACCUUUCUAAGAGUUAGUCUGGAAUGGUCUCCAAUCCAUAUAACUAACCAAUAACCAUAAAUGUCACAAAUGAAAAAUCCUUUGAACAACAGCUCGUGGGUCCUGCUUAUCUAUUUGUUUACUUAACAUUUCACUAAUUUAUCCCAGAUCCGGAGUGUUGGGUAUAAAUCACUUGAGUAUAAGUAACACAUAAAAUGGAUUAAAACUCUCCAAACAGCUUUUGCAACUUGCUAAAUAUUUUAUUUUCAGAGCCAAGGUCCUCUAGGAUAAAUAAACAGAAUAGUAAAGGAUAAUCUAAACUGAAUCUUUAAUUUAGUUUUCAGCAGUCAAAGGCAACACUUAGCCUUAAACACCUCAGCAGAAGAUCCAGCCCUGAGGUACAAGAAAGUUACAGCCCUCAGCACUGUGGGUGGAUGACAAAUCCAGAGGUUGCUGUGCAUUGUCAGUGAAUAUCUCCACAUUAAGAUGUAGAAGAAGUAACCUGAAUAAUAAGUGGAUUCUGAAAAAAGAUUUCUGACUUCUGAGAAAUCCCUGCCUCGUGCCACUUAUCCAGAGUGUGAGUGAGUGAUGAGCACAUUUAUAAUGGUACGCUGCCAAUUAGUCAUACUCCAGGGACAAAACACUUUCUCAGUCUUCCGAAAUGGUUGAUCAUUUGCAAACGUCAUAACCUCACACAUAUUUUAAUCCCUUUGCUUUACCGUUUAGUUACAGAUUUGAGUUUUAACACCUUCCUGUGUGUGAAUCCCAAGAAAGUUGUCAAAAAGGAACAGCUGUCAAUGUCUGACUCCGUAGUAUCCUGUGGGCAUCUUAAUCCCGUUAUUGCCCAAGGAUCAACAAAGUGUAGGGAGGCCAGACCCUGUAUUCAUAAAGCGUCUCAGAGUAUGAGUUCUGAUCUAGGAUCAGGUCCUCCCAGUCCAUGUAUACUUAUUCAGUGUGAUCUUAAGGCAAAACUGAGCCUAAAUCAACACUCCUACUCUGAGACGCUUUAUGAAUAUAACCCCAGGGAUCAAGAAAGUGUAAGGACUGAACUUCUUACAUAAUUACGCUCAAAUAGUGCCAGCAACUCGGCCCUGAAAAAAUUAUGUUGACUUCAGAGGUUUGCCAGACAGCGAGCAGAGCACAAGCGCCAUGGACUCUCUCUGAGGCAUCAUUUUGAGUAAUAAAGCAGGAAUGAUUGGCUGGGUUGGUGCCUGAGACAUUUUAUGGUCCAGGUCUGUUUGACUUGGCUUGGCUGCACCUGAAUCUACCAAAAUUAUCCCUGUUAUCUUUUCUACUCGCUUACCCUCUUUGGCUCUCAUUUUCUCUACGUAUCUCUGACUUUAUCUCUUGUCCUUGUCUCCCUCUGUUCCCCAACAGUGGUCGAGCUGAACCACAGCCUGACCAGUGUGAUCCCGGAGAGCGCCCUCCUCAUCUGCAUCGGUUGGAUCCUGGGCGGCAUCAUCUAUGGGGCAGACAAGGUGCAGACCUUCUCCCUGACACCCACCGUCUUCUUCUUCUAUCUGCUGCCCCAGGUCAUCCUGGAUGCGGGCUACUUCAUGCCCAACAAGCUGUUCUUCAGCAACAUGGGCGCCAUCCUGGUUUACGCUGUGAUUGGCACCUGCUGGAACGCUGCCACUGUGGGUCUCAGCCUCUGGGGGUGCUGGUUGGGCGGGGCCAUGGGUAAGGCAGCCAACGUGUUCGUCCCAAAUGGCACCCCAUUCACUAUGCAGUAUUGUACACUUCUUUUGACCAGGGGGCCCUGGUUAAAAGUAGUGACUAUAUAGGGAAUAGGGUGUCAUUUGGGACUGGCCCAACCAAAGCUUUAACUGAUCAUUGAAACUGGCAUUUGUGAGGUCCUCAAUCAGCAAGUUAAUGGGUAAGGUAGUUUAAAGGUCUGAGAUCAUUACACCUUUCACUCUGGGCCUUUGCAGGUGAUAUCGACAUUGGUCUCCUUCAGUUCCUGUUGUUUGGGAGUCUAAUUGCUGCUGUGGGACCCCGUGGCUGUGAUUGCCGUGUUUGAGGAGGGUCCAUGUCAACGAGGUCCUGUUCAUCAUGGUGUUUGGGGAGUCCCUCCUCAAUGAUGGUGUCACAGUGGUUCGUCUCACAUUUUUCAUCCUCAUUCAACAUUAUUAGGUGGUGUGUCUCUAGUCAAAAGUAGUUCAAUAUGUAAUAAUUGUAACACAUUGAAAGCAGGGGUGUCACGGUUUCCGGCCGAGGCGCCUCUCUCCCUUGUUCGGGCAGGCUUCGGGGUUCGUUGUCUGUCUCCGGAAUAACUAGCUGCCACGUUGUAUGUUUCAUGGGUUUUAAACCCCCCCCCCCCUUUUUUAAAGGGGGGGUUUUUUUGGGGGGGGGGGGGAAAAAAAAAAAGGGGGGGGCCCCCGGGGGGGGGGGGCCCCCCCCCCUUUGGGGGGCCCCCCCCCCAAAGGUUUUUUCCCCCGGGGGGCCCCCCGGGGUUUUUGGGGGGGGGGGGGGGGCCCCCUUUUUUUGGGGGCCGGGGGGGGCCCCAAAAAAAUUUUUGGGGGAAAAAAAUUGGGUUUUUUUUUUUUAAAAAGGGGGGGGGGGGGAAAAAAAUUUUUUUUUUUCCCCCCCCUUUUUGGGGGGGGGGAAAAAAUUUUUUUGGGGGGGUUUUUUUUUUUUUGGGGGUUUUUUUUUUUUUUCCCCCUUUUUCCCCAACCUUUUCUUUUUAAACCCCCGCUGUUUGGGGGGGGUUUUUUUUUUUUUGGGGGGGGGGCCCCCCCCCGGGGGGGGGGGGGCCCCCCCGUUGGGGGGUUCGGGCCCCCCCCCCGGGGGGUUUUUUUUUAAAAAAAAAAAUAAAAAAAAAAGGGGGUUUUGGGGGGCCCCCUUUUUUUCCCCCAAAUUUUUUGGGGGGGUUUUUUAAUUUUUUUUUUUUUCCCCCUUUUUUUUUCCCCCUUUUUUUUUUCCCCCCCCCUUUUUUAAAAAAAUUUUUUUCCCCCUUUUUUUCCCCCUUUCCCCUUUUUUUUUCCCCCUUUUCCCCCCCCCUUUUUUUUUUUGGGGGUUUUUUUUCCCCCCCGGGGGGGAAAAAAAUUUUUUUUUUUUAAAAAACCCCCUUUUGGGUUUUUUUCCUUUUUUUUCCCCCCCCGGGUUUUCCCCGGGGGUUUUUUUUUCCCCCCCCUUUUUUUUUUCCCCCCCCCUUUUUUUUUUUUUAAAAAAAUUUUUUUCCCCCCCCCCUUUUUUUUUCCCCCCUUUUUUUUUUUUUUCCCCCUUUUUUUUUUUCCCUUUUGCCCCCCCCCCUUUUUUUUUUUUUUUUGGGUUUUUCCCCCCCCUUUUUCCCCGGGGGGCUUUUUCCCCCCCUUUUUUUCCCCUUUUUUUUUUUUUUCCUUUUUUUUUUGGGAAUUUUUUCCCCCUUUGGGGGGGUUUUUGGGGGGGGCCCCCCCUUUUUUUCUGUGCCCCAUUUUUUUUUUUCCCGCCUUUUUUUCCCCCCCUUUUUUUUUUGUUGGGUUUUUUUUCCCCCCCCAAAAAAAAGGGGAACCCCCCUUUUUUCCCUUUUUGGGAAAAAAUUCCCCUUUUUGGGGUUUUGGGGGGGUUCCCCCUUUAGGGUUUUUCCAAUUUUUUUUUUUUUGCCCCCCCCCCCCUUUUUUCCCCCCCCUUUUUUUAAACCCCCCCUUUUUCCCCCAAAACCCGGGCCCCCCCCCUCCGGGUUUUUUAUUUCCCCCCCAAAGGGGGGAAAACCCCCCAAUUUGGGGGGGCCCCCCCCGGGACCCCCCCCCCCCCCGGGGGGGGCCGCCCCCCCCCCGGGCCCGGGGCCCCCCGGGGGGGAAGGGGGGGGGCCCCCGGGGGGCCGGGUGCCAGGGUUUCCUUCUCCAGGUGGAGCUGUACCUGGCCACCGUGCACCCGGCGCCCUGGGACAUGAGAGCGUGUCCGCCCUGAUCUCCUGCCUGUCCGGGAAGGCGUUGGAAUGGGCCAACGCGGAGUGGAGGAGGAUCGACGCGGACACCAUAACUUACAACGAGUUCUCCCGCCGCUUCAAGGCGGUGUUUGACCAUCCCCUGGAGGGGAGAGCGGCGGGGGAGCGGCUGGUCUUCCUCCGGCAGGGGAAGAGGAGUGCUCAGGAGUUCGCCCUCGAAUUCCGAUCACUACAGGUGUAGUCUACGAGAGGACGUCCGUCGGGAGCUGGCCUGUAGGGACACCAGCCUCACGUUCGACCAGUUGGUCGACAUGUCCAUCAGGCUGGAUAACCUGCUAGCUACCCGCGGACGUUCCGAGGGGGGUCCGUCCAUUUCACCCUCCAGCUCUUCCGAGCCGUGCCCCAUGGAGCUCGGGGGCGCUGGCGCUAGAGAGAGGAGGGGUCGGCUUACUAGGGGGUCCAUCCCCUGCACCAACUGUGGUCGGGGAGGACACACCGCGGCUAGGUGCUGGGGAUGGCCUCCUAGGGGAGAGGACGACAGGUCCCGCACUGGGGAUUCCCUCCAGGUGAGUAGGCGCCCCACUCACCCAGAGCUCUCUGUUGCACAGUUUUGUAUGCCUGUGCGUUUUCCACAGGUAGCACCUCAUUCCCAGCAUAAGGCGCUGGUAGAUUCAGGCGCGGCUGGGAAUUUUAUUGAUAAGAAGUUUUGUUUAGCUUUAGGGAUUCCCCUUCUUCCUGUUGAUGUUCCUUUCCCCGUUCAUGCCCUAGAUAGCCGUCCGUUGGGUGCGGGCUUGAUCAGGGAGGUCACUGCGCCACUUAGGAUGUGUGCGCAGGGGGGUCAUCAGGAGAUGAUUCAGCUAUUUCUGAUUGACUCUCCUGCGUAUCCGGUGGUGCUGGGCAUGCCCUGGUUGAGUACCCAUAACCCAUCCAUUUCGUGGCAGGAGAGGGCUCUGAUGGAUUGGUCUGCCCAGUGUGUGGGUAGAUGUUUAGGCGUUUCCGUAGGGGCUACCUCGGUGGAGAGUCCAAACCAGGUGCCCGCAUUGCACGUUCCCCCUGAGUAUGGGGAUUUGGCUAUUGCGUUUAGUAAGUCGAGGGCGACGCAGUUGCCGCCCCAUAGGCAGGGAGAUUGUGCGAUAGACCUCCAGGCAGGAGCUGCGCUCCCACGGAGCCAUGUGUAUCCUCUGUCUCAAGAGGAGAAGAAAGCUAUGGAGACUUACAUAGACGAAUCUCUGAGACAAGGAUACAUACGGCCUUCCACUUCCCCUGCGUCCUCGAGUUUCUUUUUUGUGAAGAAAAAGGAUGGUGGUUUGCGCCCGUGCAUCGAUUACCGUGGUCUCAAUCAGAUUACGGUGAAGUACAGUUAUCCACUCCCGCUGAUUGCGACCAUGACUGAGUCGUUGCAUGGGGCGCGUUUCUUCACUAAAUUAGAUCUCAGGAGCGCGUACAACUUGGUGCGCAUCAGGGAGGGCGAUGAAUGGAAGACAGCCUUUAGUACCACCUCGGGCCAUUACGAGUAUCUGGUCAUGCCAUACGGGUUGAUGAACGCUCCGUCAGUUUUCCAAUCAUUCGUGGAUGAGAUCUUCAGGGACAUGCAGGGGCAGGGGGUGGUUGUGUACAUAGAUGACAUUCUCGUGUACUCGCCUACCCGUGUCGAGCAUGUGGUUCUGGUGCGUAGAGUGUUGCGGAGGCUGGUGGAGCACGACCUGUAUGUGAAGGCAGAGAAGUGUCUGUUUUUCCAGGAGUCGGUCUCCUUUUUGGGGUAUCAGUUGUCUGCGUCAGGGGUGAAGAUGGAGGUAGACCGGGUGUCGGCUGUGCGUAAUUGGCAAACACCAACCACUGUGAAGGAGGUGCAGCAGUUUUGGGGGUUUGCGAAUUACUACUGGAGGUUUAUCCGGGGUUUUGGACAGGUGGCAGCUCCCAUCACGUCUCUUUUGAAGGGGGGUCCGGUGCGUCUGCAGUGGUCGGCCGAGGCGGACAGGGCGUUUGGGAGGCUGAAGGACCUGUUUACCUCGGCCCCGGUGCUGGCGCAUCCGGAUCCCUCUUUGCCGUUCCAGGUAGAGGUGGAUGCGUCAGAGGCCGGUCUAGGAGCCGUGCUUUCACAACGGUCUUGCGCGCCACCUAAACUCCGCCCCUGUGCUUUUUAUUCUAAGAAGCUCAGUCCGGCGGAGCGGAACUAUGACGUAGGGGACAGGGAGCUGUUAGUCGUGGUACAGGCCCUAAAGGUGUGGAGGCACUGGCUUGAGGGGGCUCAACACCCUUUCCUCAUUUUGACGGACCACCGUAACCUGGAGUACAUCCGGGCAGCGAGGAGGCUGAACCCUCGCCAGGCAAGAUGGAAUAUGUUCUUGACCAGGUUUACUUUUAAGAUCACGUACAUCCCUGGGUCACAGAACGGUAAGGCAGAUGCGCUGUCUCGGCGGUAUGACACGGAGGAGACGUCCGUGGAGCCCACUCCCAUACUGCCGGAGUCGUGUCUGGUGGCACCGGUAGUGUGGGAGGUCGAUGCUGAACUCGAGCGGGCGUUACGCACCGACCCUAGUCCACCACAGUGCCCGGAGGGUCGGAAGUACGUUCCGCUCGAGGUUCGGGAUCGAUUGAUCUAUUGGGCUCACACGUCACCCUCCUCUGGACAUCCGGGUAUCGGCCGGACAGUGCACUGUCUUAGUGCCAAGUACUGGUGGCCCACGUUGGCAAGGGAUGUGAGGGUUUAUGUUUCCUCCUGCUCGGUGUGCGCCCAGUGUAAGGCGCCUAGACAUCUGCCUAGGGGUAAGUUACUACCCCUGCCCGUGCCACAACGACCAUGGUCCCACCUCUCGGUGGAUUUCCUUACUGACCUUCCUCCUUCACAGGGGAAUACCACUAUACUGGUCGUUGUGGACCGGUUUUCUAAGGCCUGUCGUUUGCUCCCCAUGCCGGGCCUUCCUACCGCCCUGCAAACUGCCGAAGCCCUAUUCACCCAUGUGUUCCGGCACUACGGGGUACCCGAGGAUAUUGUGUCUGAUCGGGGUCCCCAAUUUACCUCCAGAGUCUGGAGGGCCUUUAUGGAGCGGUUGGGGGUCUCGGUGAGCCUCACCUCGGGUUACCACACGGAGAGUAAUGGGCAGGUGGAACGUGUAAACCAGGAUGUGGGCAGGUUUCUAAGAACAUACUGCCAGGACCGGCCGGAGGAGUGGGCAAGGUACGUUCCCUGGGCCAAAAUGGCCCAGAAUUCCCUACGCCAUUCCUCCACUAACCUAACCCCUUUCCAAUGUGUGUUAGGUUACCAGCCGGUUCUGGCACCCUGGCAGAAGAGCCAGAUCGAGGCUCCUGCGGUGGAUGAGUGGGUGAGGCGCUCGGAGGAGACAUGGAACGCUGCACACGUCCACCUGCAGCGGGCCCUCCGACGUCAUAAGGCGAGCGCCGAUCUCCACCGCAGUGAGGGACCGGUGUACGCACCUGGUGAUCGAGUCUGGCUCUCUACCAGAAACCUGCCCCUCCGCCUGCCCUGUCGGAAACUGGGUCGACGGUUUGUAGGGCCAUUUAAAGUCCUGGGAAGGUUGAACGAGGUGUGUUAUAAAUUACAGCUACCUGUUGAAUAUAAAAGUAUUAACCCCUCGUUCCAUGUGUCCCUUCUCAGGCCGGUGGUAGCUGGCCCACUCCAAGAAAGUGAGAUCAGGGAGACUCCUCCGCCCCCAUUGGACAUCGAGGGGGCAUCGGCGUACUCUGUGAGGUCCAUCUUGGAUUCGAGACGUCGGAUGGGGGGUCUCCAGUAUCUAGUGGAGUGGGAGGGGUACGGUCCGGAGGAGCGGUGCUGGGUGCCGAGGAGAGACAUUUUGGACCCGUCUCUCCUGACGGAAUUCCAUCGUGGGCACCCGACGCACCCUGCUCCGCGUCCUCCGGGUCGUCCCCGAGGCCGGAGUCGGCGCACGUCUGGAGCCGCGCGUCAAGGGGGGGGUACUGUCACGGUUUCGGCCGAGGCUGCCUCUCUCCCUUGUUCGGGCAGGCUUCGGCGUUCGUUGUCUCCGGAAUACUAGCUGCCACCGUUGUAUGUUUCAUGUUCGUUUGCUUUUGUCUGAUUGUUGUCACACCUGUUUUCAUUUAGUGUCAUUAGUGUCCUAUUUAGUUCUCGUUGUGUUUGUCAGGUGUUGUGUGUUAUUGAUUUUUGUCAGUCGUGUUUUUUCGCUCGGUUGAGCUUCUCUCCACUGCGCUGGAGUUAUUUCGCACCUGUUUUGUGCGCUGUUGUUUCAUUUUCGCCUUCGUGCGUAUUUCGCCUUCGGGCAAGUGUUGUCCGUUUGCCGGUUUUGGCAUUAAUACAAGUCUGUUGGAUUAUCCGUCUGCGUCCUGCGUUUGAUUCCACCACUGCACCUACAGCACGCGUUGACAAGGGGUAUUCAAACUUUUUCAGCAGGGACCCCAUUUUUUUCACCAGAAUUUCUGAGGACGCCCAAUUUUUUCUGCCGACACCACUCCACCCAAAAUCUAAUUACACAACGUUAAAUUCAGUACAUUUAGAUUUUCACAUUAACAAAUAACAUUCAAUUCAUUACAUUUUCAUCUUUCUAAGAAAACCAAUACAUACAUUUACUCAAUACAAUUUUAUUUUUCAAAUUAUCUUUCUCAAUAAUAUAUAUUGUCCCAUAUAUAUUAUAUGUACUGUUCCCCCCCCCAAAAAUAAAAUAAAUAAAGUUGCAAUUUUAUGUAAUUUUUUGCCGACCCCACUGUAAUUCCACGACACUGACUUUAAACACCACUGCAUUAAAGAACGUAAUGUUCUAUUGAAUUGGUUGCAUUUCGUUCCCUAACCUCCCCACCUCCUCAGUGACCGGUCAUCUUUAUGUCCAUGUUCCCUCAGGUGCUGUUCAAUGUGUUUGAUGCAUUCGUGUCGCUGGGAGGGGCAGAAAUCGAUGCUGUAGAGAUCAUUAAAGGCAUAAGUAUGUAAGAGCUGCACACUGGCUGCAUCGCAAAUUAAUGUUUCCCUAUUAAGUGCACUACUUUUGACCAGAGCCCAUAGUCAAAAGUCAAAAAAAUCCAGAAAAAGGCAUGUCAAAAAUGUUAUAAAUUGAUUUGCAUUUUAAUGAGGGAAAUAAGUAUUUGACCCCUCUGCAAAACAUGACUUAGUACUUGGUGGCAAAACCCUUGUUGGCAAUUACAGAGGUCAGACGUUUCUUGUAGUUGUCCACCAGGUUUGCACACAUCUCAGGAGGGAUUUUGUUCCACUCCUAUUUGCAGAUCUUCUCCAAGUCAUUAAGGUUUCGAGGCUGACGUUUGGCAACUCGAAACUUCAGCUCCCUCCACAGAUUUUCUAUGGGAUUAAGGUCUGGAGACUGGCUAGGCCACUCCAGGACCUUAAUGUGCUUCUUCUUGAGCCACUCCUUUGUUGCCUUGGCCGUGUUUUUUGGGUCAUUGUCAUGCUGGAAUACCCAUCCACAACCAAUUUUCAAUGCCCUGGCUGAGGGAAGGAGGUUAUCACCCAAGAUUUGACGGUACAUGGCCACGUCCAUCGUCCCUUUGAAGCGGUGAAGUUGUCCUGUCCCCUUAGCAGAAAAACACCCCCAAAGCAUAAUGUUUCCACCUCCAUGUUUCACGGUGGGGAUGGUGUUCUUGGGGUCAUAGGCAGCAUUCCUCCUCCUCCAAACACGGCGAGUUGAGUUGAUGCCAAAGAGCUCGAUUUUGGUCUCAUCUGACCACAACACUUUCACCCAGUUCUCCUCUGAAUCAUUCAGAUGUUCAUUGGCAAACUUCAGACGGCCCUGUAUAUGUGCUUUCUUGAGCAGGGGGACCUUACGGCAGGAUUUCAGUCCUUCACGGCGUAGUGUGUUACCAAUUGUUUUCUUGGUGACUAUGGUCCCAACUGCCUUGAGAUCAUUGACAAGAUCCUCCCGUGUAGUUCUGGGCUGAUUCCUCACCGUUCUCAUGAUCAUUGCAAUUCCACGAGGUGAGAUCUUGCAUGGAGCACCAGGCCGAGGGAGAAUGACAGUUAUUUUGUGUUUCUUCCAUUUGCGAAUAAUCGCACCAACUGUUGUCACCUUCUCACCAAGCUGCUUACCGAUGGUCUUGUAGCCCAUUCCAGCCUUGUGUAGGUCUACAAUCUUGUCCCUGACAUCCUUGGAGAGCUCUUUGGUCUUGGCCAUGGUGGAGAGUUUGGAAUCUGAUUGAUUGAUUGCUUCUGUGGACAGGUGUCUUUUAUACAGGUAACAAACUGAGAUUAGGAGCACUCCCUUUAAGAGUGUGCUCCUAAUCUCAGCUCGUUACCUGUAUAAAAGACACCUGGGAGCCAGAAAUCUUUCUGAUUGAGAGGGGGUCAAAUACUUAUUUCCCUCAUUAAAAUGCAAAUCAAUUGAUAACAUUUUUGACAUGUGUUUUUCUGGAUUUUUGUUGUUGUUAUUCUGUCUCUCACUGUUCAAAUAAACCUACCCUUAAAAUUAUAGACUGACCAUUUCUUUGUCAGUGGGCAAAUGUACAAAAUCAGCAGGGGAUCAAAUACUUUUUUCCCUCACUGUAUGUAAGGAAUAGGGUGCCAUUUGUUGGAUUCUCAGGCAAACUGCCAAGCCAUAAACAACCCUGUCGCGUAAUUAAUAGUGACAGCUUCUUGUGCAAUCUUGAAGCAAACUGAAAGGGUAAUGCAACAGGCAACAGAGUAUGUAAUCUGUUUAACUAAAAUGUUAUGUAUUCUUGAAAUAAUCAAUAUCUUUGUUCACUGUUUGCCUCUCCAUAUGUCCUUCUCCCUCUUCCUCCUCUAUCUCUCUAUUUCUCUCUCUGGCCCUCUCCUCUUUCGCGCUCUCAUUCUCUCCCCCCUCUACCCUGUGUAGUCUCGUUCUUCGUGGUGGCAUUCGGAGGCUCCCUGGUUGGUAUUAUCUUUGCUCUGCUGAUCUCGCUCCUGACCAGAUGCACCAAGAACAUCCAGAUCAUUGAGCCAGGCUUCAUCUUCGUCCUGGGCUACCUCUCCUACCUGACAGCUGAAAUGCUCUCGCUAUCCGCUAUCUUGUCGUAAGUGCUUCUGAGUGUUAUGUUAAUUUAUUAGGCCAACGAUACCCUUUCCGUAAAGGGAUGUUCCAUUCAAAACACAACCUAACAUGAUUUUACCACUAGGCUAUAAUCGAUUUGGAUAUGUAUUUCAGUUACUUAGUAUGUACAGGAUGAGCCAUUUAUGAGCCUUAUAGAUGAUUCUGGUCCACGAUCUGGUCCACAAUCUCUGGGGCCUCUACUCACCAUGAAAUACAAUCCCUUUGCCUGCUGUGCCAUAGGAUCGUGUUCUGUGGCAUCUGCUGUCAGAAGUAUAUCAAUGCCAACAUGGAUGAGAGGUCGGUCACCACAGUACGAUACGUCAUGAAGGUGAUCGCCAAUGGCUCAGAGACCAUCAUCUUUGUUUUCCUCGGCAUCUCGGCCAUAGAUCCAGCUAUAUGGGUGUGGAACACAGGCUUCAUCCUCCUCACACUCCUCUUCAUCUUUGUGUUCAGGUUCAUAGGUCAGUUGUGAUCUUUAGUGUGAUUUUGUGAGAUCACUGGAGAUUCUAUUUUCCUCAAUCUUUAUAGGAUUAACAAAAUUGUAGUUUAGAAGCUUAGGGCCGAUUUAUAAACUUGCAAUCCCUGUGUGUGUAGCUCCAUAUUUUAUGCAAGGAUUCUCGUUCAAGGCUUCACAUUACCAGCACUAACACACUCUGUGUGUAUGUUUGUGUGUGUGUGUUUAUAUCACAGGGGUCUUUCUCCUCACCUGGAUUCUGAACAAGUACCGACUGGUGCCCUUGGAGUUCAUUGAUCAGGUGGUGAUGAGCUACGGUGGCCUACGAGGGGCAGUUGCCUAUGGCCUUGUUGCCAUGCUGGAUGAGAAUAAGUUCAACGAAAAGAAUCUGAUGGUCAGCACCACCCUCAUAGUGGUGUACUUCACUGUCAUGCUGCAGGUAAAAUGGCUAAUUUAAAUGUCAAACUUCAGUCCAUCACUAUUUUACUAGUUGUGGAAACGGUUUUCUCUAAUAAUGUAAUAUGUCUUGACUUGAAUAGACCGGUUUACUAUAUUUUCUUCUUCUUUGUUCAGGGAAUAACCAUGAAACCACUGGUCACCUGGCUGAAAGUGAAGAGGGCAGCAGUGACAGAACUCACACUAGCUGAAAAAAUACAGAAUAGGGUAACUAUUUGGUUAGAAGUCUUCGAUGUUCAUCAACCCGAAAAUCAGAUAACAAACCAUACAUCUCUAUUAUACAUCCCCAAAGUAAAGUUUCACCUUUUGUUGGGUCAGAUCUUCAGGGUCAGAUCACAAAAGUCAAACCCACCUCCAAUAUAGCUAAACACUUAUUUUACAAGGCACUAACCAUUUAAUCUAACAGUGUUGAAAUUGGUCGACCUAAAUAUAAUCUUGACAAAAUAAAUCCAUGACUCACCAUUCUUUUUUAUUUGUUCAGACCUUUGACCACAUGCUUGUUGCCAUAGAGGACAUUUCUGGACAAAUAGGACAUAACUACAUGAGAGACAAGUAUGUGGACACUAACAUCACAUUAUCAACUUCAAUAAAUGAUUAUCAUAUUAUAAGUACGGUUCGAAUUAAUUUAUCACAUACCAUACCUUGAAAGACAGAACAUUAGAACAGAAUUUUACUUGUUUCCUUUUCCUAUCUUCUCGUAUCCUUCUAAGGUGGCAUAACUUUGAGGAGAGGUGGUUGUGCUGGUUCUUGAUGAAGCCCUCUGCCAGGAAGUCUCGUGACUACAUAUUCAACAUCUUCCACCAGCUCAACCUAAAGGAUGCCAUCAGCUAUGUGAAGGAGGUAAGAGCAACUGACAAGGUCAGGGAAAGCCAUGACAACUUAAAACUGUAUUUACAAACACAAUAGAUUGACCACCAAUAUCACUGAUCUACAGUGCCUUCGGAAAGUAUUUAGACCCCUUGACUUUUUCCACAUUUUGUUACGUUACAGCCUUAUUCUAAAAUGGAUAAAAUAAAAUAAAAUCCUUAGCAAUCUACACACAAUACCCCAUAAUGACAAAGCAAAAACAGGUUUUUUGAAAUGUUUGCAAAUGUAUUAAAAAUAAAAAACAGAUACCUUAUUUACAUAAGUAUUCAGACCCUUUGCAAUGAGACUCGAAAUUUAGCUCAGGUGCAUCCUGUUUCCAUUGAUCAUCCUUGAGAUGUUUCUACAACUUGAUUGGAGUCCACCUGUGGUAAAUUCAAUUGAUUGGACAUGAUUUGGGAAGGCACACACCUGUCUAUAUAAGGUCCCACAGUUGACAGUGCAUGUCAGAGCAAAAACCAAGCCAUGUGGUCGAAGGAAUUGUCCGUAGAGCUCAGAGACAGGAUUGUGUCGAGGCAAAGAUCUGGGGAAGGGUGCCAAACAAUUUCUGCAGCAUUGAAGGUCCCCAAGAACACAGUGGACUCCAUCAUUCUUAUAUGGAAGAAGUUGGAACCACCAAGACUCUUCCUAGAACUGGCCGCCAAACUCAGCAAUUGGGGGAGAAGGGCCUUGGUCAGGGAGGUGACCAAGAACCCGAUAAUCACUCUGACAGAGCUCUACAGUUCCUCUGUGGAGAUGGGAGAACCUUCCAGAAGGACAACCAACUCUGCAGCACUCCACCUAUCAAGCCUUUAUGUUGGAGUGGCCAGACGGAUGCCCCUCCUCAGUAAAAGGCACAUGACAGCCUGCUUGGAGUUUGCCAAAAGGCACCUAAAGACUCUCAGACCAUGAGAAACAAGAUUCUCUGGUCUGAUGAAACCAAGAUGAACUCUUUGGCCUGAAUUCCAAGCGUCAUGUCUGGAGGAAACCUGGCACCAUCCCUACGAUGAAGGCAUGGUGGUGGCAGUAUCAUGCUGUGGGGAUGUUUUUCAGCGGCAGGGACUGGAAGACUACUCAGGAUCGAGGCAAAGAUGAACGGAGCAAAGUACAGAGAGAUCCUUGAUGAAAACCUGCUCCAGAGUGCUCAGGACCUCAGACUGGGGCGAAGGUUCACCUUCCAACAGGACAAUGACCCUAAGCACAAAGCCAAGACAACGCAGGAGUGGCUUCGGGACAAGUCUCUGAAUGUCCUUGAGUGGCCCAGCCAGAGCCCGGACUUUAACCCGAUCGGACAUCUCUGGAUAGACCUGAAAAUAGCUGUGCAUCAACGCUCCCCAUCCAAUCUGACAGAGCUUGAGAGGAUCUGCAGAGAAGAAUGGGAGAAUCUCCCCUAAUACAGGUGUGCCAAGCUUGUAGCAUCAUUCCCAAGAAGACUGGAGGCUGUAAUAGCUGCCAAAGGUGCUUCAACAAAGUACUGAGUAAAGGGUCUGAAUACUUAUGUAAAUGUAAUAUUUGUAUUUACUUAUUUUUUUAAAUUAUAAAUUAGCAAAAAUGUCUAGAAAACCUUGUUUUGCUUUGUCAUUACUGGGUAUUGUGUGUAGAUUGAUGAGGGGGAAAAAAGAAUUUAAUCAAUUUUAGAAAAAGGUUGUAAUGUAACAUAAUGUGGAAAAAGUCAAGGGAUCUGAAUACUUUCCGAAGGCACUGUACAGUAACAAAUAGAACAAUUGGAUGGCAGACCAUGAAGUCUUCUUAUGCUCCCAUCGUAGGGAGAACGCAGAGGCUCAUUGGCGUUCGUUCGGAAUGAGACCAAGGCGGAUGUGGAUUUCAAUAAGAAGUUUCGUGCCAAUUUCUCUGAGAUUAUGCCUGACAUCAUGGCAGAUAAUAUGGGACCGGAUCAUGUUCCACUCUCCUCCAUCUUGUAAGCAACAUUUCCUGACUUUAGGGUUCUGGUCAAAAGUAGUGCACUAUAUAGGGACUAGAGUGCCAUUUGUCUAAAACACAUGCAUCAUUAACUUGUAUAGGGACUAUAAAUUUAAACGGAAACAUAAAUGUAAACCCUGUUGGAAGAUGCAGGAUGACUAGCAUUAACAUUACUUAUUUACGAGUAACACACCUGCUAGUCCUUCCUUUAGGUUUUAUUUAUUUGCACCAAAGAAAAGACGUGAAAGACAAAACAGUACAGAUUAAAAACUGGUCAAAACAGUGUGCAGGUGAGGUUGGAAGCCCAAAAGGGCUUAUAUGAAAACCACACCACAAAUAUAAGUACAAAAAAAUUGUUUGUUCAAUCAGUUAAACAAAGCAUAUUAAAUAAUUGUACAUGAUAUACUCAGUAUACAAGGAAAACCAUGUUGGAUUGUGUGCGUGUGUGUGAGAGAGAGUUAGGCUACAUGGAGGGGAUUAUUGGGUAGUUUGGUUCAUCAGGCUGACCCCCAGUCUUCGCUUGAAGUUUUUGAGGGAUGAUGAGUUUUUGGCAAUGUGAAGAUAAGAAUUCCAGAGUAUGGUAACUCUGUAUCUGAUAGAGAAUAGACUGUGUGAGUUGCGGCAGUUGGGAGGGUGAAGGUUAUUAUUACAGUGUCUUGUGUUAUAUAAAUUGAUUUCAGAAUUAACCUGGAAGAAUCCAUUGAAGGGUUUAGGUAAACUGUCUGGGAGGUAUGAGUAUUUGUGGAUGAAAGUGCAUAAUUGGCGUACAUUAAUGUCGUAAAUAGACAAGAUAUUGAGUUUCUGUCAUGUUGUAUACUGAUAGAAGACAGGCGCAGGAAUGCGUAGUAGGGUUUUUUAUUACUCUACCCAACACAAGGUACAUCAUGGAAAACGACGGGGACGAAGCCCAAAACAAACACGCAUAUAUAUAUAUAACACAGGGAUGUAACCCAAACAAAAGAGUGAGGUGUAAACCUCUAAAUAAUACACGGGACGAGACCCGUAAUAACAAGUGCACAAUUACUCGAUAUGUAAACUGUAAUACAAUGUACUCACGAGACCAACGGACAUGGGACAAUAAUCGACAAGGACAAUGGGGAACAGAGGGGACAUAUAUACACAUACUAAUCAGGGGGAAUGGGAACCAGGUAAUAAGACAAGACAGUCCGGAGUUGGUGGUAAUGAACCAGGUCAGUGACGCAUAGAAAGCCGGUGACGCAGAACUCCGGAGCUGGUGAACGGAAUGAGCAGCAGUACCGGGGGGAUCACUGACAGUUUCUUAAACAAAGGUGCAGAUGGAGCCAGGUAAUUAGAGGAGGUGGCUAGUCUUGCAAAUGUAUUUUGUAUGGAGAGUAAUUUGUGUAGGUAGGAAGCAUAUGUACUGGCCGUGACAAUAUAGUAAAUGAGAUAUGGGUAAAUUAAGCUAUCGUAUAGAGUUAGGAAGCAAGCCUGAUGAACCAAACCACUCAUUUUUCUGAUGAUACCACCAGAUGUCAUCACUUUGCUACAAAUGAAAUAUGAUCUUUCCAAGAUAAUUUUUCAUCAAUUAGAACUCUGAGGAAUCUAGUGAAUGUAUCUUGUUCCAUUUCAUUCCCACCAAUUGAAAUUCUGGCUCUUUAAAAAAAAAAAAAAAAAAAUAUAUAUAUAUAUAUAUAUAUAUAUAUAUAUAUAUAUAUAUAUAUAUAUCUUAUUCUUACUAGUGAAUACAAUAAAGUAGGAUUUUUAAAAACAUUUAAAGAUAAUUUCUUUAUCAGGAACCAUUCAGAAAAUUUGGCCAUACCUGAGUUGGCUUCAGUAAUUAGUGAAUCAAAAUGAUUGUGUUAUAAAAUCAAAUUGGUAUCAUCAGCAAAGAGAAUGGGAAGUACGUAGAAGACACAGCAGGAAGGUCAUUGAUAUAGAUUAGGAAUAACAAAGGUCCAAUUAUCGAACCCUGUGGCACACCACAGGAUAUCUUGGCCCUGGUAUAUGCCCAGCCAUUUGCAUUAACAAAUUGUUCUCUAUCAUAAACAUAACUAUAUAACCAAUUAUAUGUAUAAUCAUGAAAACCAUAAUAAUGCAAUUUAGAAAGUAAUAUUUCAUGAUCAACCGUGUCAAACGCUUUUGAUGAAUCUAAAAAGAUGCCAAGAGCAUAUUCAUUGUAGUUAAGGGCUGUAAAUAUUUUUUCCACAUGUUGCAAAAGAGCCAUAUCUGUGGAGUAGUUUUUACGAAAACCAUUUUGGUGCUCGUCUAGAAUACAGUGUUGAAACCAUACUGGUGCUCAUAUAGAAUACAGUGUUGAAACCAUAUUGGUGCUCAUAUAGAAUACAGUGUUGAAACCAUACUGGUGCUCAUAUAGAAUACGGUGUUGAAACCAUAUUGGUGCUCAUAUAGAAUACAGUGUUGAAACCAUAUUGGUGUUCAUAUAGAAUACAGUGUUGAAACCAUAUUGGUGUUCAUAUAGAAUACAGUGUUGAAACCAUAUUGGUGUUCAUAUAGAAUACAGUGUUGAAACCAUAUUGGUGUUCAUAUAGAAUACAGUGUUGAAACCAUAUUGGUGUUCAUAUAGAUUACAGUGUUGAAACCAUAUUGGUGUUCAUAUAGAAUACAGUGUUGAAACCAUAUUGGUGUUCAUAUAGAAUACAGUGUUGAAACCAUAUUGGUGUUCAUAUAGAAUACAGUGUUGAAACCAUAUUGGUGUUCAUAUAGAACACAGUGUUGAUUUAAAUGUUUCAACAUUCUCUUAUACACCAAUUUUUCUAAGAUUUCAGAAAAACAUGGUAGUACAGAUAUUGGGCGAUAAUUUGUAAAAGAUUUUGGAUCCCCAGAUUUAUGGAGGGGGAUAGCUUUGGCAAUUUUCAAAUAUUUAGGAACAAUACCAGUUUGCAUAGAUUUGGUGAAGAUAUACAAUACGUUAGAGGCUCAGUAAUCGAGGAAGACACUAAUUUCACCAAAGAGGCACCAAUCUUAUCAUGACCUAAUGCUGAUAUCUUUAAGUUACCAAUUACCCCCAUCACCUCCAUUACAUCAGGAAGCAGAGAAGGGAAAUGUCCCUUAAUGUAAUACAAGGGAUUUCCAACAGUUUUCAAAAUGUUCUUUGACAGAGAGGAACCCACAUUCACAAAAAAGUUAUUCACAUGAAAUAACAUCAGGAUCAGCAUCGGUCUUAUUUCCAACAAUAAAUUGAGAUGGAAUAGUUGUAGAUGCCUUUUUCUUAUUCAACAGUUGAUUGAUGAUUUUCCAAGUUGACUUUAUAUUAUUCAAUGAUUCUUGGAAUUUUUUAGUAAAAUCUAUUUUUUGGCAUAUCCGAAGUAGGUGAGUACAUUUGUUCUUAUACUUUUUUGAAUUUGCAGAAUUCAGGGGAGAGGGAUUUGUGAGAAACUUUUUAUACAACUUGUUUUUUUUAACAUGACAUUGAGGACAAUGUGACCUGUAAGGUAAUCAGUUAUAUACAUAGUUAAUAGUCUAGGAGGGCAUAUUGACACUGGGAAUUUAUAUUCAUUUUAAGCAAUCACCACAUUUAUGAAUUAACUACUAUUAGUUAAUCUUUAUCUGGAUCCCCAUUAGCUGAUGCCAUGAUGACACCUAAUCUUCCUUUCUAAUAGUUAAUAAGUAUUAGUGAAUCAUUUUAAGUAACUACUAUUGGUAUAGUAACUACUAUUAUUAUACCACCAAAUGUAAUGAUUCAAAAUAGAAACAACAGCAUACAGUAGCAAAAGCAUGGUUAGUAGACACUUUAACUUUUUGUAGUGUGAGAUCAUCCUCCUUGCUGCUCAAUGUAACACUUGAAAUAGGUCUGGUACGUUUUCAGUGUCUGCCCUCCAAUGGCCAGCAAAAUAACAACAGUGUACAUGUAUGUUUCUUCCCUUCUAGACAGGACAUUGUGCCCUCUGUCUGCCUGGACAUGCAUGAGCUGGACCUGAAGAUGAGGGAGUCAGAGGACUUUAAUGCACACCAUCUACUGCAGCAGCACUUGUACAGAGGCAGGAAGCAGGUAUUGCUCAGUCAAAGACAAUUAGAUCUCCCAAAAAUCUCAGGGGCGGUUUCCCGGAGAGCGAUUAAGCCUAGUCCUGGACUAAAAAGCAAACUCAAUGGAGAAUCUCAGGAUUAGGCUUAAUCUGUGUCCGGGAAAACGCCCCUCAAUGUUGAGCAAUUAUCUUAGCAUCAAAUCACUUAUCAUUAGUUUGCCACUGUCAUUGGUUGGUUGUCUCAGCAUAUUAAUUUGUGUGCUAACAAGCCAGUUCUUGUCAGGAUGUGUAGUAAUGGUGUGGUGUGGAAUCAGGCGCAGAAGCAGAUUGACAGUCCAAUAAACUUUACUAGAAAGUGCGAAGCAAUAAUCCAAAACAGCCAGAGGCAAAACGCACACAGGCGUAAAAAUACAAGCGCGCAUAAACAGGGGCGCAAAACUCUUCUCAACCGAGAAGUAAGCAAAACAGUAGUGGCGUACCAAAACACAGGUACGCAUAGACACCUAACACAAAACAAUUACACACAACACUACACUAACAACAAGGAAACUAAAUAGGGUGCUUAAUUAGACAUAACACAAGACAGGUGUGGCUAACAGACAAAACUAAUCAAACAGAAAACAUGGAGCGGUGGCAGCUAGUACUCCGGAGACGACGACCGGCGAAACCUGCCCGAACAAGGAGGAGGAGCUGCCUCGGCCGAAACCAUGACAGUUCUAAUCCUUUUACCUUUUCUUUUUGUAUUUUGUUGAUACUGUACUCAAAGGGAAAGUCCAAUCUCUGGGAGUAAAUGUAUGGGGAUUCUGACUACUCUAGAUUCUCCUGCAUCUUGUCAAUCCACAAUCAGCCAUAAACAGAUUAAAAUGGUCAGUUACCCUGUUCUCUUCCUCUCGUUCCCUCACCUAACAGCACAGACACAGGUACAGUCGGAGCCACCUCGAAACCAACAAGGAUGAGAAUGAAGUGCAAGAGAUCUUCGAGAGAACCAUGAGGAGCCGUCUAGAGUCAUUCAAGUCUGCCAAAAUGGGUGUCGCCCCAGCCAAGAAGAUCCAAACCAAGCAUCAAAAGAAAGAUAAACCACAAAAGGUCAGGGGUGACGAUACUUUUUCCCCCUUCCUCCUUGACCUCAUAGCCAUCCUCUUAGAGGCAAUGUGAUAAUAUGUAUGUUGUGUAAUUUCAUGUUAUGUCAUUUUUAGAUGCCAAAUGGAAACUCCACGGAUAAAAGUAAAAACCAUCCUUAUGGGGAUAAAGGUACUUGCUCUUUGCUUUUCACUUGUCUUUUGCAUUAGAUGAUUAGAUGAUGAGGCUGAUUACAUUUGCUUUCUGCCAUUUGGGUUUAGAUACCUCUGCAAUAACCUAACGUAGCAGGCGUAAAAUAAAUGUCUGAAACUAGAUCCCCCACAUUCUGGUCUUGACGAGAAUAAAACAUUUUCGGGGGAGGUUCUCUUCUGCGCUGUUCAUCCAAUCCAGUAAAUGUGGAGGAUGCGUUAAGAUGGAGUGUUGCCUUGUUAACAUCCAAAAACAGAAGUCACGUCUAGGGCUGUGGCAGUCAUGAAACGGUUAUUGUCAUACAAAUGACUGCCGCUGAUGCCCACCUUUGGAACAUCUACAUUUAAAUAAAUAAAUUUAAUAUACACCAUCACAAUGAAUCCAUUCUUUCUUUUAGGCAGGUCUAAAGAAACAUUAUUAUAUGAUGAAAAAAAGUCAGAAGUUUACAUACAAUUAGGUUGGAGUCAUUAAAACUCGUUUUUCAACCACUCCACAAAUUUCUUGUUAACAAACUAUAGUUUUGGCAAGAUGGUUAGGACAUCUACUUUGUGCAUGACACAAGUAAGUUUUCCAACAAUUGUUUACAGACAGAUUAUUUUACUUAUAAGACACUGUAUUACAAUUCCAGUGGGUCAGAAGUUUACAUACAUUAAAUUGACUGUGACUUUAAACAGCUUGGAAAAUUCCUGAAAAUGAUGUCAUGGCUUUAGAAGCUUCUGAUAGGCUAAUUUACAUCAUUUGAGUCAAUUGGAGGUGAACCUGUGGAUGUAUUUCAAGGCCUACCGUCAAACUCAGUGCCUCUUUGCUUGACAUCAUGGGAAAAUCAAAAGAAAUCAGCCAAGACCACAAGUCUGGUUCAUGCUUGGGAGCAAUUUCCAAACGCCUGAAGGUACCAUGUUCAUCUGUACAAACAAUUGUACGCAAGUAUAAACACCAUAGGACCACGCAGACGUCUACCGCUCAGGAAGGAGACACGUUCUGUCUCCUAGAGAUGAAGGUACUUUGGUGCAGAAAGUGCAAACCAAUCCCAGAACCACAGCAAAGGACCUUGUGAAGAUGCUGGAGGAAACAGGUACAAAAGUAUCUAUAUCCACUGUAAAACAAGUCCUCUAUCGACAUAACCUGAAAGGCCGCUCAGCAAGGAAGAAGCCACUGCUCCAAAACCGCCAUAAAGAAGCAAGACUACGGUUUGCAACUGCACAUGGGGACAAAGAUCAUACGUUUUGGAGAAAUGUCCUCUGGUCUGAUAAAAGAAAAAUAGAACUGUUUGGCCAUAAUGACCAUUGUUAUGUUUGGAGGAAAAAGGGGGUUGCUUGCAAGCCGAAGAACACCAUCCCAACCGUGAAGCACUUCACAAAAUAGAUGGCAUCAUGAGGAAGAAAAUGUAUGUGGAUAUAUUGAAGCAACAUCUCAAGACAUCAGUCAGGAAGUUAAAGCUUGGUCGUAAAUGGGUCUUCCAAAUGGACAAAGUUGUGGCAAAAUGGCUUAAGGACAACAAAGUCAAGGUAUUGGAGUGGCCAUCACAAAGCCCUGACCUCAGUCCUAUAGAAAAUAAUAUCCUCUUAUGCACUCUGGUUAUUGACAACCCCACAGAGGCUACCUCUGCAUAAAUUAACAACAUAAUUUAAUUGUUUUCUGAUUGGCUGUUUCGCUAUGCCUCCAGAUUUUGAGUUUUCUGAAGGAGACAGUGCCUCUGGUGGCGAGGCUGCUGGCGGUUCAUUCCCCAUGAGGGCCUAUAGAGCAGAAGGUAAGAGAGUCUCCUUCACAUCAACUCAAGACUAAUGAAAAUAACAAAUUUAAAUAUGCCAAAGUCAGACACUAAAACCAUUUAGUUACUAACUCUAAGUUCACCUCUUAGAGACCUUUCAAUCAGUUAAAUCAAUUCCAUUAAUUCUAUCCCUCCUGGUGUAGCUGGAAUAGUGAACCCAGCCUUCAUGGCGGAGAUGGACCCCAUGGACAACAUGCAACAGAUGCAGCAGAUCCCACAUGCAGCACUUCUUCCACAAACUUUGACCUCCUUUGACCCCUAA